UGGCGAAAUUCCUCUGCAAGGAAAAGCAAGAGUCAUGGUGGACAGUGCUGGAUAUCUUAAUGAUGUUUCAAACUAUCAAAUUAUUUGCAUGGAGGGAGCAAAACCGGGGGCGAAAAAUAAGAAAAAUGAUGACGACGAUAAAGAGAACAUUAAAAGUAUGAUACAACUGUUUAAUAAUAUAAUUGUAUCAGAAGCUUCAGAACGAAGACAAAUAUAUACAGGUCUUCGAGUAUAUGGUGCCACCGCUUAUAAACCGAACUCUCUUGAUUUUCGUGGUAUUAAUCUGUAA